AUGGAACAAGAGGCCGAAGCUUCUAUCGCUCUCGAUGCAGGUUCAACUGUAGAGGUGGAUCAAGAGUCCCGUCGUUUUGCGUGUGAUUCCAACCCUAUAGCGACUCUCAUGGAACAAACUGAGUCAAGGUUACAGAAGGGCAAAUCACAGAGAGGGGAUGUAGGUGCGUGGCUGGACGCCGAGGAGAACAGUGUUGAUCAGGGUGAAGCCCAUCGCUCCUCGUUAGAAUCAAUACUAGGGACCCAUGUUCACCCUGACUGGCUGCCCUCGAAAGAGUGCCAAGAGGUCUUGAUAGGCAUCUAUUUCCGUCGGGUACACCCAUUGCUGCCUCUUCUUGACGAAGGCAAAGUUCGGAUCCAGCACGAAGUGGGUAGUCUUUCUCCGCGGCUUGUGCAGGCGAUUUGUCUUGUUGCAGCGAAGGACCGGAGCGCAGUGCCUUUCCUAUGCCUUGGGCCACAUUCAAACCCCCUCCCACUGGAGAAAUUUAGCAGCAUCCUCUAUAACGAUGCUAUGCAAAACAUCCCAAGAAGGGCCGAAAAAAGAUACUUGAAAUACAAUUCCUUGAACCUGACCCAGGCUAUCCAUUAUUCUCAUACCAUGGGGUUGCAUUUGCUGAGGCCAGACCAACAUUCCGGUACAUGUUCCAAGGCCAUUUUCUGGUGUCUCUGGAGUCUAGACCGAUGGAACGCUGCUAUGAAUGGGAGGCCUCUCAUGAUACACGACGGAGACAGAAGCCAGGGCGUGGACGACGUUAUUUCAACAUUCCAAUCGCCGUUUCGUGUCUGGCUUCGAAUUUCCGAUAAACUAGGAGAAGUGAUUAACUUAUACCGACCGAUCAUGAAAGUCAUGGAUCAGAGUGAAGUCAAUCUCACCUCCUUUGAAGAUAUUUUGGAGCAGUGUGAGGCCUGGGACAUGUCUCCAGACCUGCUUGAGUCCCUCGAGCUUGCUUAUCAUUCUGUCAUUCUUCUCUCGACACAUUCCAGCGGGCUCCAAGGUCGUUCACGACCAUUGGCAUCAAAAAUCCGACAAAGUCAUUCGAUCCACACCAUCGCGUCGCUCAGUUGCAAUCAAGAUAUCCGGGACUCUCUGCCGUUUCCCAUGAUCGGUUACACCAUCUCGCUAGCCUUCUCGGUCACGUACAAGCAGCUCAGAGAAAGCAAACUGCCAAGUGCACGCCACACAGCCAUCUCCCAAAUCCGUCUAUUUCAUCAGUGUCUCAAGAACAUGUGCACCACAUGGUGGUCAGCCGCUGUGAUGACUCGUCUAGGCCAGCGUUUGUUGAGCAAUAUCCAAGCCACCAUAGACAAGGAAUGUUUCACAGGUCCAGAUACCAAUAUCACCCGACCAAACUCUCCACCUGACCCAAAUCAUAUAUUUUCACAGCCACUUAUUUCCACCGAUGAUAUGCCGUCGGAAUCGGCUGUCAACAUCGCGCAGGUGGCGAGACGGAUUCAUACAGGAUCUCAGACCACACACCCUCCAGCGGAACAUCGACUGGAAUCGGAUAAACCUUCUAAUGCCGAAGUAGACACGAUGCCAUUUUUAUCCGCAACAGAAGUCCAGGAUUUUGAUACCUUUUUCGGCAAUUUCCUUGAUGUCGGUUUUCCAAAUCGCUCGAAUGAUCAAUUGUUGCUAGACCUCGACAUGGCCGACUUCGAAUAUGGCGACGGUCUAGCUUGA